AACCACUAUGUGAAACUAAAUUAAAUUUGGUAAAAAUACGGAGAGACUCUUCCGCAGUAUAAGGAGGGGAUCUUUAUAAAUAAUGGAAGAAUCUAGCAUUAAAAGUGCAAACAGUAAGAGCAGCAAUAAGCCCUCAGCUAAUCGCAGCAGCGCAACAAGUCAAAAAGGAGAUGGACUUCAGUAUGCAGGUACUGGUACUGCCAUCACACUUGGACUAACACAAACUUGCGCCAGCAAUGACUAUGUAGUGAGACUGGAGAAGGACUUCAAUUUAUUGCAGGAGGCAUUUCUAGAGCUUUGCACUCAACUGAUACGCAUACAAAUCAGAGUUCGUCAGAUUACAAGUGCUCGACCAACUGAAUUGCGUUCGCUAUUAGAAGAUUUGGAAAAAGCGGCAUUUCAAUCUGCUAAAGAAAUGAAUGGUGAUGAUGAAUUACCGAAUCUUAUGUCUGACGCUGUAACCUUGGGUUCUAUACAAGAAAAGCAACACCGAUUUAUUGAGGAAUUACACAAUAAAUUUAGUAUAGAUGAAUAUAAUUGUCUUCAAAUGGAAAAAUACAAUCCCAAUGACCCCAGAGGAAGUAAGGAAAGUAAACAUAGUAAUAAUGACGAUGGUGGUACUAGUGAAAAAAGUGGAAGCAAUGGAAGCAUGGAAAAAAAGCGAUCAAGAUCAAGAAACUAAAAGAAGCAGUCG